AUUAAACGAAAAAUGAUGUGAAAUGUUGAAAAGAAUAAAAUAAAUACACAGUCAUCCAGCCACAACUAGCUAUUCAGCUACAGCACUGAGCUAGCUACAAAGGAUUGCACUAGCCCUCAGCCUGAAGAAACAGAACUGAAUAUGGUUAAAAUAUUUUCCAUCACCAUUCUGUAUAAGUCAGCCAAGCCUGUCCAGAAAAAAGCCAGCUAUGAAUUGUCUUCGUUUGGCUUCUUUCAGAGAUCAGGUGUACGAGAGUUCAUGGCGUUUACGAGUGACAUCCUAGUGGAGAAAACCGCCAGUGGACAGAGACAAUCAGUGAAAGAGCAAGAUUAUAAGUGCCAUGUUCAUGUGAGAUCAGACUCUCUAGCGUGUGUGGUGAUUGCAGACAAUGAUUAUCCGCCCAGAGUAGCCUUCACCCUCAUGAGCAAGAUCAUGGAGGAGUUCAGCUCAGACUUCCCACGGUCGUCAUGGGAUACUCCCUCCAGUAUUCUCUCCAGUGAUCUCUCAUACCCUCCCCUGGAUGCACACCUGAAGAGAUAUCAAGACCCCAGGGAAGCUGACCCCAUGAUGAGAGUACAGAGUGACUUGGAUGAGACUAAGAUUGUGUUGCACGAGACGAUAGAGCAGCUUCUGGAGAGAGGAGAAAAACUGGACGAUCUAGUGCAGAAAACUGACAAAUUGAGUGGGACCUCGAAAGCAUUUUACAAAGAAGCAAAGGGUGGAUGCUGUGUCAUACAGUAGCUUCUAUGACUGUUCUAGCCUUGUAUGUUGAAACUGUACUGUUAUAAUAUCUAUUCUGCAUUAUUUUUUAUACUUGUACUCAUUAAAUUAUAUGAAUUGACAAAUCUUCCAAAA